AUGGAGAAAAUUGCUUCUACUUUGAUAUACAUAUUUAUCUCUCUCUCAGCUCUGUUCUUAUAUCACUGCAUAAAGAAACAAAAGAGAACAUUUCUGCAUAAGGCUAAGCUUCCCCCAGGCUCAAUGGGGUGGCCUUGCAUAGGAGAGACCCUGCAAAUGUACUCUAUGGACCCAAACAUAUUCUUUUCCACAAAGCAGAAGAGGUAUGGAGACAUAUUCAAAACCCACAUACUUGGCUGUCCUUGUGUCAUGUUGGCAAGCCCUGAGGCCACAAAGUUUGUGCUGGUUACUCAUGCUCACCUAUUCAAGCCCACAUACCCGAAAAGCAAGGAGAAGCUGAUCGGCCCUUCUGCUUUGUUCUUUCACCAGGGAGAUUACCACAGUAGUCUUAGGAAGCUCAUUCAGAGCUCUCUGUCUCCAAACCCCAACACUAUGCAGAAACUGGUUCCUGACAUUGAAGCUUUAGCCAUUUCUGCCUUGGAAUCAUGGGCUGCAGCCGGAACUGUCAUCAACACCUAUCAUGAAAUGAAGAAGUUUGUGUUUGAUGUCGGCUUUCUUGCCAUUUUUGGCCGAUUGGAUGAUACUUACAGAGAGAAGCUCAAGCAGAACUACCACAUGGUAGACAAGGGUUACAAUUGUUUUCCAACAAACAUGCCAGGCACUGCAUAUCACAAAGCUCUCUUGGCGAGGAAAAGGCUUAGUCAGAUUCUGAGACAGAUAAUUUCUGAGAGGAAGGAAAAGAAAGUACUGCAGAAAGAUCUCUUGGGUGAUUUGCUGAACUUUCAAAAUGAAAAGGGGCAAAACUUAAGCGAGGAUCAAAUUUCCGAUAACAUCAUUGGAGUGCUGUUUGCAGCCCAAGACACUACAGCUAGUGUUCUAACAUGGAUUCUGAAGUACCUCCAUGAUAACCAAAACAUUCUUGAAGCUGUGAAGGCUGAGCAGAAGGCAAUAUGUGAUGCAAAUGAUGGGUGUAAGAGAUCAUUGACAUGGGCACAAAUCAGAAAUAUGCCGCUUACACAUAGAGUUAUAUUAGAGAGUUUGAGGAUGGCCAGCAUCAUAUCUUUCGCAUUUAGGGAAGCUGUGGUUGAUGUUAAAUACAAAGGAUAUCUCAUACCAAAGGGUUGGAAGGUCAUGCCAUUGUUUAGGAACAUACAUCAUAAUCCUGAGUUCUUCUCUGCUCCUCAAAAUUUUGAUCCAUCUAGGUUUGAGGUUGCUCCAAAGGCUUAUACUUUCAUACCAUUUGGCAAAGGAGUACAUGCUUGUCCUGGAAAUGAGCUUGCCAAACUGGAGAUGUUCAUUUUGAUCCACCAUCUCGUGACUAGUUUCCGAUGGGAAGUAGUGGGAUCACAAAGUGGGAUUCAAUAUGGCCCAUUUCCAGUUCCUCAGCAUGGACUACCAGCCAGAUUUCUGAAAGAACAAGUGAAUCCCAAACAAGAUUUCCCGACCACUAGUUAAAUAUGCCUUCCCCACCUAAUUCAUUUCACCUCCCCAUAUGCUAAAAGUAUUCAAUCUUCAACCCUAUUGUUUUUGAGAUGGGUUUUUCGUUCUCUCUAGAAUUAUCCCUUCUACAUAGAGAUCUAGCCCUUGUAAUUUUCAAGGAGUAAUUUUAGGAUUAUCCAAAUCAAUGAUUGAGGGGGGUUAAAGUUUUCAUAUCACUCUAUUGUAAGCUUAGCGAUAUUAUUCUUCCAUCACUGCUCAUUGAUGUACUCCACUACAAUAAGCAGGACUUAUCAUUCACCAUCAUCCAUAAUUCCAUAUUACCAUAAACGAAAAGGUUUGUUAAUAAGCACAAGCGCUAUUUC